GAUUGUGGUUUGUGCUGUAUGUGAAGCUGCUGAGGUUGAUCACAAGAUGUAAGAUGCAGUGAGGAGGGUAUCCACUCGUUUAGUUCUUAUUCACUCUCCAGGAUGUUGGCAGUCACAUCGACUUCAAUCUUGGCGCACCUCAUGAAGCAAACUCUCAUUCAUGUGAAUGGACAUUUUUUUGAAACAUUGCGAGUCAUCUGCCCUAUCCCUAUUUGAAAACACGGCCACAGUUAAAACCUCUCGCCUUUUGUCAAUGUUUGAUGUGCGCCCCACACUUCACUCCGUGCUUGUUCAACAUAAGAGCUUGCUAAGGGAGAGCACUUCCUGGUCUAUUAAAACAAGCCGAGUUCGUUCCUCCUAAUCAUCAGUGCAUCUGUCAUUUGAUUUCCACCUGGACUGUGCACUCAAAUGGGAAAUAUACUACGAGUCACACUGAGUAAUUUAACAGCAAACCAGAUGAUUACUCUUCUUAUUUUGUGUUUCUUUACAUUUGCAAUUCAUCGCCAAGUGCAAGCUUGUGGCGGUGAAUACACUUCACUCACUGGUCUCUUAUCGUCUCCAUUGUACCCGAGUCAGUACCCGCCUGACCAGGACUGUGUUUACAUCAUCAGAGCACCAACAGGAUAUCGGAUCACCUUGACAUUUCUCCGUUUUGAACUCGCAGAUGAAACGAAUAACUGUCAGCACGACUAUCUACAGAUUAGAGAUGGCGGGUCAGGGACAUCACCAUUCUUGUCUAUCUACUGCAACACCACAGCCUACACCAGACGAUCAUCAUCAAACACAAUGUGGAUCAGAUUCCGUUCUGACUCAUCUCAGUCCGCAGCUGGCUUCCAUGCGAGUUACACUGCAGCUAUAAUCCCCCAAAAGUUUCUCCUUGUUACCGCAUCUGUGCUAUCGGGGUAUCUGGGUAUUAACAACAUAGACAUCGACACAUAUAGCACUGUUGACAUUCCGCUCAUUGGAGUACAAGACCCUGCUGCUGUUGACUACAACCCAAUGAAUGGUCGCUUCUACUGGACAGACAAUGUGGAGAAGACCAUCCGAUCAGCUAAUCUUGACGGCAGUGAUGCUCGGCUUGUUCGCUAUUUAGGAUUGGACGCCAGGCCAGACGGCCUGUGUGUAGACGCACUGUCCAGGCUCAUCUUCUACACAGACUCAGGCAAUAAAGUCAUCGGCAUGAUCACCAUGUACAGCAACACUCAUCGAAUAGUCAUCAACUCCUCACUUGACAUGCCGAAAGACAUCGAGGUUGACAAACGCAAUGGGGUAAUGUACUGGAGCGACCGUGGCGCCACACCUACCAUAGAGCGAGCCAACUAUGACGGUACAGGACGUCAGACUCUGGUCUCAGGGGGCGAGUAUCUCAAACAACCGAACGCCAUCGCUCUCGACACAGUCGAAGGCAGACUGUACUGGGCAGAUGGUGGCACUCAGAAGGUAGGCUGGGUUGACCUGGAAGGGAGGAAGACUUCAGUGAUUCUACAACAACCAGGAUUAGUCUUUCACGGCUUGGACCUCUAUCUCAAUGACUUCUUUGUGACGGACUGGAGUUUUCUAAAUCUCAAUCAGACGAUAAAAACACAUCUUUAUCGCUAUGGCAAGGACGGCGGCAACAGAAGGGAAGUUGCGAACUCUCGCUCAAGAUUAAAUGACAUCCGUGUCCACGCUGAGGAAGUCGAAGAUAAAGGGCCCAACGGAUGUGGAAGCAACAACGGUGGUUGUAGUUACAUCUGUGUACCCACACCUGGCAACAGAAGUAAAUGUCUCACUGAGGACGGAGCAUCUACAAAAAGUGAAAGUCCAACUACUGGCAGCUCAACAAAAGCACGUGAUCUGGUCACACCGAGCUCUACAAGUGAUCCCAGUAUACCAGCAGAAUCAGAGUCUGUGAGCACUAACACCAAGAUCAUCAUUGCUGUCUGUGUUGUGGCUGCUGUCGUAGGAAUUGCUGUCAUCAUCGCACUCUUCAUUUUCUUCAAACUAAGACGAUGUGCAUGUGGAAGCAAUCGCAAAGAACUUGUGGUUUCCACGCAGAGACACAACACACCUGAAGUCCCCCUGGGGUCACUGACAGCAACAUCAAAUAAUAUUUCAGGUGUUAAUGCUCAGCACAAUGACCACAGCUAUCAAUCCGGUUAUAGAGAGGGCAACUCUAGUGACGCAGGUGAGACAAACUGCGAACAACCUGCGAUAAUCACACCAAAAAAGCUCUAUCCUUAA